AAUGGAGGCAUUCGUUAGGGGCAGAGGGGGAGUUCUGCUGGGUCAGAAAAUAUACAGGAGCUGCAAAUCAGAGACUUAGCAGACCUGCGCAACUUUCUGACAAGAACAGUUUGGUUUGUUUUUUACUACUUUGACUUGAUCCUGGUCGCUGCAAAGAUGACCACAGCCGUGGUAUCGCCUUUCUUCGACUUCGAAGUAAUGAACAAGAACAACAAACUGCUCAACUAUAAUAACAACCUGAAUGCACCCCAUCCCAUGUCUGUCCCUUGCACUGGCACCAAUGUGCCUAUCUCCAGCCCCACCGGAGCCCUGCUGGACAGGAAGGCGGUGGGAUCUCCCUCAGUGGGAGGCAUGUACCAGCGGCGGCACUCGGUCAGCAGCACAAAGUUCAGCCAGAACCAGUUCCUGAACAGCCUAAAGGCAGCGGACCACUGCUCACUCAUCUCAGGGGUUGGUAAUGCCAGCAACAACAAGGAGAACCGCCUGCGAGACCGCUCCUUCUCUGAGACGGGUGAGAGGCUCAUAAAUAAGUGCCUGGGCCCUGCCAGUCCCACCAGUGGCAGCAGCCAAGUGAACUCCAGCCGUUACAAGACGGAGCUUUGCAGGCCCUUUGAGGAGAAUGGUUCCUGCAAGUAUGGUGAUAAAUGCCAGUUUGCUCAUGGAAUCCAUGAACUGCGCAGCCUGAGCCGCCAUCCCAAAUACAAAACUGAGCUGUGCCGCACCUUCCACACCAUCGGUUUCUGUCCGUACGGGCCUCGCUGCCAUUUCAUCCACAAUGCAGAGGAGCGGCGUGGACCCCCUCUAAACCCUUCCAACAAGAUGGAGAGGCCUCGACUGCAGCACAGCUACAGCUUUGCAGGCUUCUCCAGCUCAGCUGGGUUGAGAGACAGCCCCACCUCAGUCACCCCUCCACCUAUGUUCUUCCCUGAUGAGGUUCCCAGCUGGCCCAGCAGUAACCCCUUCACCUACUCCAGCCAGGAGCUGGCCAACCUGUUUGGGCCCAGCCUCAGUUCUGGUCCUGCAGGCACAGAUCCCAACACCCCUGCACCCCCCUCUCCAACAAGCACACCUUACUAUUUCAGACCCAUGUUGGAGUCGCCUCAGAUGUUCGAGUCUCCAUCCAGCCCACCUGACUCUCUGUCAGACCAAGAGGGGUACCAGAGCAGCUCUGGGGGCAGCCUGAGUGGCUCAGAGUCCCCCACGCUUGAUACCACCCGCCGCCUUCCCAUCUUCAGCCGCCUCUCCAUCUCUGAUGACUAGACUGCACCAUCCACCAGUGACUUUAAGUUCAAUGAUGCAAAGAGAGCACGGCACUCCCCUCUACCUCUGCCUCUUCCCUUACACAAGACACCAUGUUAGUUUCUUGUUAGCAUUGUAAGGAUAUAGUGAUUUAAGGGAAUACAAAUGAUCAUUUCAUCCCAGUUAAUCUGCACAGCAGGUUUUAAAAAGUACCCUGCCAUGUGUCAUAGUGCCAAAAAAGGAGAGGAAAUUGAACAAUGAAAAUUGUGAGAACAAGAAUUGACUGUUUUGCCAGGUGCCACUUGUUUUGUUUUUUUCCUUUCUCCUUUUUUUGUUUCUUGAAUGUGUAGCAGCACAAGUGGCCUUGGAAAGGGAAAUGCAAUGCAUUAUCCCUUAACCCACCCCCGCCCCCUUCUGCCUCGGUCUCUCUCCCCUCCCUCACAAUACCACUUCCCCUGAGCUAGUUAGAGGGUGCUCACUAAUGUAACUAGAUUUGCCACAACCAUUUUUACAGACUGAGUUAAAAAAUAUAUAUCUAACAGACCCUGAAAUGAUAUGAAUAGUUU